AUUGUGUGGGGGUCGUGGAGUUGUCGAUAGCAGGGCAGGGGCAGCAACAGCAGGAUAGAAGCAGACAGGCGGGAUUUACUCAUGAGUAGCAGGUGCACCUGCCUCGAGGAGGGUUGUGGUUAUGGAAAACCGCAUUGUGCUCAGGGUGUUCAGUGUUUGACGUGACGUGUUCGAAGGUGGUCAGCGGAGGUUCGUGAUGUCCUGCGCGUUCCAAGAGUCAGGAAAGGGACGGCGGAGACCCAAGAUUAAUUUAGUUUAUUCGGCGGGCACACGACUCCGUCAUGUACCAGUUUUUACACCUCCGCAGUCGACCCCUGCAAACUCUCAUCUUCGGUUUGAUCCUUUUCACUUUCUACGCCUACUACAGGACUACGAUCACCGAUAUCCAAUUCACUAACUUUAGUCAUUUUUCGCCUCCGGAAGUAAUCCACACUCAUGGGAAUCUGAGCACAGACACUCAAAUUACCGCAACGUUUAAAAACCUGACCUUGGAACCGUCAGGCUUAAGUUCUAAUGUGUCUCACAACACAAGCAAUCUCUCUACUAUCCUCACAAUGGUCUCAGUGUCCUCCAGCUCUCAAUCUCCGUCUUCCCCGAGCAUUUCGAUCAACCUAAAACAGAGCAAUGACACACCGAAAGAACCGAAGGAUGUCAUAAUGAAAAUCUCCAACAAUACCGGAGGUAGUUCUCCAAUUUUAAACGCUGAUUCUGCACGUGCCAUAUAUGAAUCAGGACACUCGGUGUCAGUCUCCGAAAAAUGCCCCUAUUUUGGCAGGGACAUGAACUUAGUCAUAAUUAUAAUGUCAGCGCCAACUCACUUUGAAGCCAGAACAGCCAUUAGACAAACUUGGGGACAUUAUGGCCAGAGGAAGGACAUUAGUAUAGUUUUCAUUCUUGGCGCGACUUUCGAUAUGAAAAUCGAAAAAAUUCUUCGACGUGAAGGAGACAUGUAUGGCGAUGUGAUACGUGGAAAUUUCGUGGAUUCUUAUUCCAAUUUAACGCUUAAGACAAUCUCGAUUUUGGAAUGGGUAGACGUUUACUGUUCCGAGGUGAAGUUUAUCCUAAAGACUGAUGACGAUAUGUUUAUCAACGUACCGCGAUUACUCUCGUUUAUAAACAAACAUCAAAACGACAAGAAUGUUAUAUUCGGUAGAUUAGCUAGAAAGUGGAAGCCGAUUAGGAGCAAGAAGAACAAGUAUUACGUUUCCCAGGCACAGUACAAGUUGCCCAUGUUCCCAGAUUUUACGACAGGACCCGCCUAUCUUCUGUCCAGUGACGUGGUGCAUAGUCUUUACGAAGGGGCCCUGGACCAGACGUAUCUUAAACUCGAAGAUGUAUUCAUAACUGGAAUCGUUGCUCAUAAACUUGGAAUCAAGCGUGUCCUCGCUAACGAGUUUCUUAAUAAAAAAAUUUCGUAUAAUCCGUGUAACGUUCAAAGAGGUAUCAGCAUUCAUAUGGUGAAAUACAGUGAGCAAUUCGACCUCUGGAAAAAGCUGCUGGACGGUAAAAGCAAAUGCAAGUAAUGACCACUCAGAGGGGUUCUUUCGGCGAACCCCACAAAUCACGUUACUAUCAUGUCUUUAGACAUGAAGCAUAUUCUCAGUUGAUAUCGAUCUAUAGUUUUAUACCGGUUUUUGUUCUCACUGACACAUUUUGAUCAGAUGUGAAAUUGUGAAUGCUCAGUCUCAGAUGUACAAGUACUCAGAAAAUAGUAGAUAUUAGUUAUUAAUAUAAAUCACUUCAGAGGUGAUGCGAUC